AUGGAUUAACAGUAUGCAAAUUUGGAUUAUUUUUAGUACUUCAGAACUGGUCUACUGCCACUGUUGCUUCAGCUGAGGGUCUGAGAACUCUUCUGCUUUGCUGCUAGAAUAACAAACAUGUAGAAAAACAAACCCAAGGCCAAGCUGCCGACAGACAACUUCAGCAUCUGCAUCAUCCCACUGGUCAUCACAGACUGUGCCCCACUGGCCACCAUGGUAAACUUCCACUCUUCCUUCAUGGGCAUUGCUUCCACCAGCCAGCCGGAUCGGAGUGAAGACAGGGCCUGGCAGCAAACGCAGGAUAUAGAACAGAUGGAAAACCUGAAAGUAAAGUGAGUUCCUUUAUGCUCCACUCUCACUAGCUGAAAAAGGUUACACAUACAAGGAGGAGCUACAUGUGACAGCAGCUGCCAUUUUUUGAGGACAUGUCCCAUCUUGCCAGGUGUCUUUUUCACAUAACAGUAUAUCUUCUUCAUCACCACGACAACGCACUUCACUCCAGAAAACAGGAAUAAGGCCUAAUCCAGAAAAGGGUUUCCUAAUGACGGUGGAAGAACUUAGUCAUGUACACACAGCAAAACACACAAGAGGAUUGCUAAAGCGGAAGUUUCUAAAGGAUCAGAAGAUUAAGCAAAACAUGAAGGUUAACCUACGAAUAACCACUCUGGAUACUGGAAUUAGAUAUAAAGGAUGUACUUUAGAAAAACGGACCAGGUGCUGAAGUGGUCACAGAUGUGACACGGCCUGAGCCGGGUGUCGCCUCAGAGGUGGUCCAUGCCCUGCGGCGCCUGAGUGAACGUGAACCUGACAUCUACACCUGAACAUCGCCGGCAUCCCUCGGGAACGGGCGGUGCGCUGGCGCCGGGAUUUCCCUGCGGAUCUGUGCCCUGCAGUGCCUGAGUGAACGUGAACCUGACAUCUACACCUGACCAUCGCCAGCAUCCCUCGGGAACGGGCGGUGGAUGCUGGCACCGGGAUUUCCCUGCGGGAACUGACGGAAGUGACGCGCGGCCGGGAAGUGACGGCGGCGGCGGCGGCAGCGCGGGGCCGGUGCGGGCCAUGAACAGCCGCCUGCAGGAGAUCCGCGAGCGGCAGAAGCUCCGCCGCCAGCUCCUGGCGCAGCAGCUGGGGGCCGAGAACGCGGACAGCAUCGGUGCCGUGCUCAACAGCAAGGAUGAGCAGCGGGAGAUCGCGGAAACCAGGGAGACCUGCAGGGCUGCUUAUGAUACUUCUGCACCAAAUGCAAAACGUAAAUAUCCAGAUGAGGGAGAAGCUGAUGAGGAAGAGAUUGAAGAAUAUAAGGAUGAAGUAGAGCUGCAGCAAGAUGAAGAAAACCUGCCCUAUGAAGAAGAGAUUUACAAAGAUUCCAGUACCUUUCUUAAGGGCACUCAGAGCUUAAAUCCACACAACGAUUACUGCCAGCACUUUGUGGAUACAGGACACAGACCCCAGAACUUCAUCAGAGAUGUUGGCUUAGCAGAUAGGUUUGAAGAAUAUCCAAAACUUAGAGAGCUCAUCAGAUUGAAGGAUGAGCUGAUAUCUAAAUCUAACACUCCUCCCAUGUAUUUGCAAGCAGACUUGGAAGCCUUUGAUAUUAGGGAACUGAAGUCCAAAUUUGAUGUGAUUCUCCUGGAGCCACCAUUGGAAGAAUAUUACCGAGAGACUGGCAUCACUGCCAAUGAAAAAUGCUGGACCUGGGAUGACAUCAUGAAAUUGGAAAUAGAAGAAAUUGCAGCCCCAAGGUCAUUUGUGUUUCUGUGGUGCGGCUCGGGCGAGGGUCUGGAUCUCGGCCGAGUGUGUCUGCGCAAAUGGGGUUACAGAAGAUGUGAAGACAUUUGCUGGAUUAAAACAAAUAAGAACAACCCUGGCAAGACCAAGACUCUAGACCCCAAGGCUGUCUUCCAAAGAACCAAGGAGCACUGCCUCAUGGGCAUCAAGGGCACCGUGCGCCGCAGCACCGACGGAGACUUCAUCCACGCCAACGUUGACAUCGACCUCAUCAUCACUGAGGAGCCUGAAAUCGGCAACAUAGAGAAACCUGUGGAGAUUUUUCACAUUAUUGAGCAUUUCUGCCUCGGGCGACGGCGGCUUCACCUCUUUGGGAGAGACAGCACUAUUCGACCAGGUUGGCUGACAGUGGGACCCACCCUCACAAACAGCAACUUCAACGCAGAAACGUACUCCUCGUAUUUCACGGCUCCCAAUUCCCACCUGACCGGCUGCACCGAGGAGAUCGAGAGGCUGCGGCCCAAGUCCCCGCCGCCCAAAUCCAAGUCCGACCGGGGUGGGGGUGCUCCCAGGGGAGGAGGAAGAGGAGGGACUUCGGCAGGACGGGGAGAAAGGGGCAGGGAGAGGAACAGAACCAACUUCCGUGGUGAGCGGGGAGGCUUCAGAGGGGGCCGUGGAGGGACCCAUCGAGGGGGCUUCCCCACCCGCUGAGGAGGUGACGGCUGCUUCCCCUGCCUACGCCUUGACUGGGAAUCUUUCCUGUAGUCUUGUUUUCCCUACAGUGAAAAACUUCCCCCUUCCUCUGGGGACUCAAGCUAGAUGACUUUUACAAUUGUUUAUGGUGCACACCGUUCCAGACAGUCGGCCUUGCAGUCUCAGCCCCUCACCUGGCCAUGUCCUGCACGGGCAGCACUGAGCUCAGAGCAGAGAGCACCAGCCCUUCACACCACGGGUAGGAUGGAAAUUACCCCCUUGCUCUCCACUUAGGAACCUUGCAAGCUGGAGACUUCUUUUUCAGCUUCAUUUUCUCCAAAACAUGGAUUCCUCCUCCAUCGGAGGUUUGGGUUUGGAUUGACUUGCAUUAAUAUAAUGAAGUGGCCAUGAGAUGCAGUUCUGAAUUGCAUGGCCACGGCAGACUUGCUGUCCUAUGGAAGAAAAAGUGCUGUGUCUGUAUUGACACCUAUUUUAACUUCUCUGAAACCAAGGAGCAAAUGAAAUAAAUAGAAUUCUAUUUUUUCUUAUUUGGUUUGAACUUCCCAAAUUAUUCCUGGGAAUAGGAAAAGGUUAAUUUUUAAUUUGUGGUGUAUACGCACUCACGUAUCGUGUCAAUAGUGGGGACAGUGGUAAUUCUGUGCAGCCAUGUGUUGUCCUUCCUGGAAAGCACCGAGUAGUGCAUUUAUGUGCAGCCCAGAAGUUGUGCACAGGUCUGGGCUGCUCCUUGAGUGGGGAUUUUCCCCCAGUGUGUGUCUGUAACACCUUGUCCCUUGGGAGGGAGAGCAGUGUCACUCACUGCAGAGUGGUCCCAGAGACCUUGCUGGAGGGAGGAUUGCACCCGGGAGGUGAUGUGAGUGUGUGAUUCCUGAAACAGGGAACACUGAGGGAACUGAGUGCUGCCUUUCCCUGCGAGUGUUGCACACAUUUGAGAAUGGCUGUUGCCGAUCCAGUGCAGUGUGGAAAGAAAGUGACCCCCUUCCCUAGGUACAAUGUUCAUUUUUAGCAAAACCACAUCUCUGAGCUUCUUGUGCAGUUCUUGGUAGGCUGAUCAAACCUGGCUUUUGAUGUCUCAAUGUCUUAGGUGAGGGUUUUGGAAAACUGGCAUUUAAGUCUGAAUGUUUCUCCCAAAGCCCAGCUUUUAAAUGACUGUCCUGUAAAGUAGUGGAUUAUUAAACAUGUUUAUCAAA